UACUCACCUCGCAGAAAUACACAGAGAGCUAGCUAGCUAGACAAUCUCUCUUUUGUUGCAGGAAGAUCAGUGGAGAUGGCGGGGCAUCGUGCAGCUGCUGCCUACAUGCUUGCAGUGGCGGCGUUCUUCCUUGGCGUGUUUGCAACCAUUCCGGCAGCGGUCCAGUCCAUCGGCGUGUGCUACGGCGUGAACGGCGACGGGCUGCCGUCGGCGAGCGACGUCGUGCAGCUCUACAAGUCCAACGGCAUCACUGGCAUGCGUAUCUACUCCCCGGACGGCGACACCCUCCAGGCCCUAAGCGGCAGCAACAUCGACCUCAUCCUCGACGUCGGCAACGACCAGCUCGCCAACCUCGCCGCCAGCGCCUCCAACGCGGACUCCUGGGUCCAGGCCAACGUGCAGCCCUACAAGGACGUCAAAAUCAAGUACAUCGCCGUCGGCAAUGAGGUUCCCGACCAAGGCGGCAGCACGCAGGACAUCCUCCCGGCGAUGCAGAACGUGCACGACGCCCUAGCCAGGGCCGGCCUCAACGGCAUCAAGGUGUCCACGGCGGUGAAUUCGGGCGUCAGAACCGGGUACCCGCCGUCCCACGGCACCUUCUCCGCCACCCACAUGCCGCCCAUCGCGCAGUACCUCGCCAGCACCGGCGCCCCGCUGCUCGCCAACGUCUACCCCUAUUUUACCUACACGGGCACGCCUGGGAUCGACCUCAACUACGCCCUCUUCACCUCGCCGGGCACGGUGGUGCAGGACGACAACGGGCUCGAGUACCAGAACCUGUUCGACGCGCUCGUCGACACGUUCUACGCGGCGCUCGACAGCGCCGGGGCUGGAAGCGUCGGUAUCGUGGUGUCGGAGAGCGGGUGGCCCUCGGCCGGCGACACGGCGGCCACCACGGACAACGCGCAGACGUACAACCAGAAGCUGAUCAACCACGUCGGGCAGGGAACGCCCAAGAGACCUGGGGCGAUCGAGACGUACAUAUUCGCCAUGUUCAACGAGAACAGGAAGAAUGGGGCUGAGACGGAGAAGCACUUUGGGCUGUUCAACCCGGACCAAUCGCCGGCGUACCCCAUCAGCUUCUAGGAAAGAUCGAUACGUACAUACGUGGCAAGAUAUUUUUGCCUAUUUAGU